UGUAAACUCCACUGGAAAUUAAGAUCGAAUCUUUUGUGGGUUGAGAGAGAAAAAUUAAAUAAAAAAAUUAAAUAAAGUUUGAUGAUCUGAUAUGGAUAAAGGAAAACAAGAAUUUUCAGAUAUUCAAGAAUGGAUUACACACCUCUUGCCUGAUAAUUCUGCCGAUUUUGGAAUAGUUAAAGAAGAAGGAGUUUCUCUGCCUUCAUCUAGUCUGAGUAAUCCUAACCCUAAUCAACAGAAUAAGCCCUUUCCUGCAAAUACAACGAACAUUAAUCCUAACAUGUGGCAGCAGCACUCGGUGCGCCGUAAUUUAGAAAACCCUAAUCAUAGUUCAGGCAGACAGAAUAUAGGAACUAGUAAUAAUUUACAAGGAUUCUCGCAUAAUCAGAGUUCGGCAAACACGGUUUCGGAUUUACACCAGCAGCAGCAGCAGCAUCAACUAUUGCAAAAUCGAGGACAGAAUAUAUUUCAAUUACCGAUGCAGUCGAAUAAUAAUUAUCCGUCUUACGCUAGACAACAACAUAAGCAAGUGCAGGUAUAAUAUAUAAUUCUGCAGUAGUUGUAUUUAAACGUCUUU